CGGCGUCCGUCUCCUUCCCAGAAACUAAUAGGUCACUCUCAGUCCGCCUCCGCCACCGCCGGCCUCUUCCCUAUCCGCAGUCUGAGCUCCGAGGUUUCUGCCUGCGGGUGUGUACGUCGGUGAAGACCGAACUCAUGGCCUUGCCGCUGAGAUUUGACGGGCGGGUAGUACUCGUCACCGGUGCAGGGGGAGGACUGGGCCGAGCCUAUGCCCUGGCUUUUGCAGAAAGAGGUGCAUCAGUAGUUGUGAAUGAUUUAGGAGGGGACUUCAAGGGAUUUGGUAAAGGUUCCUCAGCUGCUGAUAAGGUUGUUGAAGAAAUAAGAAGGAAAGGCGGAAAAGCAGUGGCCAACUAUGAUUCAGUGGAAGCAGGAGAGAAGCUUGUGAAGACAGCACUGGAUGCUUUUGGAAGAAUAGAUAUUGUGAUCAACAAUGCUGGGAUUCUGAGAGACCGUUCCUUCAGUAGAAUAAGUGAUGAAGACUGGGAUAUAAUCCAUAGAGUUCAUUUGCGGGGUUCCUUCCAAGUGACCCGGGCAGCAUGGGAUCACAUGAAGAAACAGAAUUUUGGAAGGAUUAUUAUGACUACAUCGGCUUCAGGAAUAUAUGGCAACUUUGGCCAGGCAAAUUACAGUGCUGCAAAGCUGGGUCUUUUGGGCCUUUCAAAUACUCUUGCACUCGAAGGCAAGAAAAACAACAUUUACUGUAACACUAUUGCCCCUAUUGCUGGAUCAAGGAUGACCGAGAAUAUUCUUCCUCAAAAUAUGUUGGAAUCUCUGAAGCCUGAGUAUGUGGCACCCCUGGUUCUUUGGCUUUGCCACGAGAGUUGUGAGGAAAAUGGUGGCCUGUUUGAGGUUGGAGCAGGAUGGAUUGGAAAAUUACGCUGGGAGCGGACCCUUGGAGCCAUUGUAAGACAGAAGAAUCAGCCAAUGACUCCUGAGGCAGUGAAGGCCGACUGGAUACAGAUCUGUGACUUUGAAAAUGCCAGCAAGCCUCGGAGCAUUGAAGAAUCAAUUGGUAAAGCAAUGGAAAGUCUAAGUAAAAUAGAUUCAGAUGGAAGAGUUUCAACAAAUAAUACCAGUCGUGCGGCAUCAUCAACAGCCACAUCAGGAUUUGUUGGCGCCAUUGGCCAUAAACUUCCUCCAUUUUCUUCGGCUUACACGGAACUGGAAGCUAUUAUGUAUGCCCUCGGAGUUGGAGCAUCAAUCAAGGAACCAAAGGAUUUAAAAUUUAUUUAUGAAGGAAAUUCUGACUUCUCCUGUUUGCCUACCUUUGGAGUUAUUAUAGCUCAGAAAUCUAUAAUGGGUGGAGGAUUAGCAGAGAUUCCUGGGCUUUCAAUCAACUUUGCAAAGGUUCUUCACGGGGAGCAGUACUUGGAGUUAUAUAAACCACUUCCCAGAGCAGGAAAUUUAAAAUGUGAAGCAGUUGUUGCCGAUGUCCUAGAUAAAGGAUCCGGUUUAGUAAUUCUUAUGGAUGUCUAUUCUUAUUCUGGGAAGGAACUUGUAUGUUAUAAUCAGUUCUCUCUCUUCCUCGUUGGCUCUGGAGGCAUUGGUGGAAAACGGACGUCAGACAAAGUCAAGGAAGCUGUAGCCGUACCUAAUAGACGUCCUGAUGCUGUACUUACAGAGACCACCUCACUUAAUCAGGCUGCUUUGUACCGCCUCAGUGGAGACUGGAAUCCCUUACACAUUGAUCCUAACUUUGCUAGCUUAGCAGGUUUUGACACGCCCAUAUUACAUGGAUUAUGUACAUUUGGAUUUUCUGCCAGGCAUGUUUUACAGCAGUUUGCAGAUAAUGAUGUGUCAAGAUUCAAGGCAAUUAAGGCUCGCUUUGCAAAACCAGUAUACCCAGGACAAACACUACAAACUGAAAUGUGGAAGGAAGGAAAUAGAAUCCAUUUCCAAACAAAGACGCAAGGAACUGGAGACAUUGUCAUUUCAAAUGCAUAUGUGGAUCUUGUGCCAAAAUCUGAUACUUUAGACAAGACACCCUCUGAGGGUGCGGAGCUUCAGAGUGCCCUCGUAUUUGAGGAAAUAGGUCGCCGUCUUCAGGAUUUGGGGCUUGAGGUGGUAAAGAAAGUAAAUGCUGUCUUUGAGUGGCAUAUCACUAAAGGUGGAAAAGCUGUAGCUAAGUGGACUACUGACCUAAAAAAUGGCACCGGGAAAGUGUAUCAGGGCCCAGCAAAAGGUCCUGCAGAUGCAACAAUCAUACUUUCCGAUGAAGAUUUCAUGGACCUAGUCGUGGGCAAGCUUGACCCUCAGAAGGCAUUCUUUAGUGGCAGACUAAAGGCCAAAGGGAACAUCAUGCUGGGCCUGAAGCUUCAGACGAUUUUUAAAGACUAUGCUAAGCUCUGAAGGACAUACUCCAUUAUUAAUGAAAAUAGAAAAGUACUCUCUUUGCCCAGAUAUGCAAUAAUAAUUCAGGAAAAGUGCUCAAAACUAAGAUGCAGGAGAAAUUGCUUAACAUUUUCAGAUUUCAAAUAACUUUUCAGAUUUUCAUUUUCUACUAAAUUUUCAUGUUAUUAUUUUUACACGGAACUGUAAGCUAGCUCAUAACUAUCCUUCUUAGAUCUUACCUUCAUAAUAAAAAAAAAUGUUCACCCAAAUCUAGGCUCUUUAGAAUUAUGAUAGCUUUUAUAAACUGAAAGGAAAAUUAAAUGAAUAAAGGGCCCUUUGAUGCCUUCUA